CUGUCAGACAACAAGAUAAAUGCUAUCCAGGAAAUGUUGGGAAAUGUUCAGAGGCCAACAUGGCACCAUGGCCUGCCAAAAAACCUAGGGGAUGCAGAACAUGGCAAGCUCAAGGCAGAACAAUGGAAAUCAUCAAUUGAAUUUGACUUACCAGUGGCCCUGAUGCAAUUGUGGGGAUCCAAACAUACAGCCAAUGGCACUAAUGAUGAUUGCAAAUCUCAACUGCAGAAGUUGGUUCACAACACAAUGCUGCUGGCGAUUGCAAUCCAUUGGGGAACUUCACAUUCUAUCAAAGGAAUAUUCCUGUAUCAUUCUUGGCACCCAAAUCAUUAUGCUGCUCUUCACAUCUGUGAGUUCCUCUUGAGAUAUGGUCCUAUGCAUGGCUGGUGGAUGUUUUCAUUUGAGAGAAUCAUUGGUGUGCUCCAAAAAACUAACACCAACUACAAGAUAGGUGAAGAACUAGAGAAGACAAUGCUGGAGAUGUUUUGUGCAGCCACAAACAUUAAAGCCAUGGUACAGGAUCCUACAGGACCUGCCAUUCUAAAUGAGGCUGCGACAAUUUUGGGUCAAUAUUGUGACCCAUUCACAGGAGGCAAUAUCCAUACC